AUGUCGGAUACAAACAAGAACUUUCUUUUGAGCGAGGUGUUUGAUGUCAAGGGCAAGGUAGCCCUCGUAACCGGCGGUGGAUCCGGAAUUGGCCUAAUGGCCACCCAAGCACUCGCCGUCAACGGCGCCAAAGUAUACAUCGUGGGCCGCACCAAAGAAAAACUCACCAACGUGAUCCAACACCACGGACAAAACAUAUCUGGAGAAAUCAUCCCCAUCGUCGCCGACAUCACACGCAAAGACGAGAUUGCACGACUCGUCUCGGAAAUUGAAUCGCGCGAGAAAUGUCUCAGUAUCCUCAUCAACAAUGCGGGAACUUCAGGAGCGACGCAAAAAACGGAAGCGAAGACCGCUGAGGAAAUGAAGAAGAAUCUUUUUGAUGAUGAGAGUUCUACGUUUGAUGAUUGGUGCAAUACUUAUCGGACCAAUGUUCCGCAGUUGUUUUUCAUGACCAUGGCGUUUCUGCCGCUGCUGCAAAAGGCUUCAGAUCACGAGUAUGGAUAUUCUGGAACCGUGAUUAAUAUUUCGUCUAUUUCCGGUAUUGUGCAAUCUUCGCAACAUCAUUUUGGAUAUAACGCUAGCAAAGCCGCGGCGAUCCAUUUGACCAAGAUGUUGUCGUCGGAAGUUGCGGGCAAUGGGUUGAAGAUUCGGAUUAAUAGUAUUGCGCCGGGUGUAUUCCCGAGUGAGAUGACGACGGGGGGAGAGAGUGGGGAGGAUCAGAAGAGUCAUAUUGAGAAGGAGAAGUAUGAGAAGGUUCCUGCGAAGAGACCGGGUAAGGAUCGGGAUAUGGCGGGUGCGAUAUUGUUUGUGACUACUAACCAGUAUUUGAAUGACCAGACGGUGGCGGUUGAUGGUGGUUAUAUCUUGCAUGCCGGUGCUUGA